AUGGGGAAAAUCCCGACUUACAAACAGUUGACUGUAUCCGCAGCUCCCGUAGAGUUAGGAGGCUGUCGGAUCGCGGGACCCCCCAAGAUCGACCCUCCUGGGGCAAUCAGAGAAAUGCCCCACCAAAUUAUAUACAACCAAGCUGGGUACCCCGGACUUGCCCCCAACGCAGACUUUGCCCCGGAUGGGGCUGCCCCCUACACUGUGAAUGGAUAUGCAGGUAUUGGGGGUCCCCAGCAUUACUUCCCCUUCUCUGCAGUCAAGUCGGAAUUUGUAGAUUUCGGGGGGCAGGGGGAUGCGGAGAGCUCCCCGCAGGUCGUGGGAAUGCCCUGGAACCCCUUCUCCCACCUGGAGAGCCCAGGUCAGACGGGGUUCCCGGGGUCUGGGUUCGCAGUAAGAGAGGAGAACCCCGGCGUGACUCAGAUAAGGAGGCCCACCAAGAGAGGAAGAGACCCCCAGGAGGAUCCCGACAGCCCAAAGGGGGCCCCGCAACCGGCGCUCUCCAGCCCACCUUCUUACGGACAAUACUGGGGUCCCUCCGCCCCAAGCGUGUGGCAGCCGGCCCUGAACCCGACAUCCACCCCCAGGAUCCUGGAGAGCCCACCACAGACCAACCCUGCCGGGACCCCGGCCAUGUACCUCUCCCCGUCCUACCAAAGCCCCAACUCCUCGGCAGACAGCGGGAUCCCCAGCCCCGAGACCACCCGGUGCAGCAGCGCAGCCAGCUCGGGGUCUGCACUCACCAGCGGGACCCCCGGGAGCGAGUCCAAGGGGCUCGGCAACUCUCUCGCCAGCGACAGCGAAGAGGAAGUUCCAUCGUCCGCAGAAAUGGAGGAAUUCGCCAAGGAACUGAAACAUAAAAGGAUCACCAUGGGGUUUACGCAGGCGGACGUGGGGAACGGCCUAGGGGCCCUGUUUGAUAAAACUUUCAGUCAGACGACCAUCUGCCGAUUCGAAUCCCUCCAACUCAGCUUCAAAAACAUGUGCAAACUGCAGCCCCUCCUGAAGAGCUGGCUCCACGAGGUGGAAACCAACGAGGACAGCCGAGAAAUUGUUAGCAGAGGGGAGAUGCUGCCGCACACGGUGAGGCGUAAACAUAGGACUUGUAUUGACGCCAUGACGAGACGCAAUUUGGAGUCCCACUUCAGUAAAUGCGCCAAACCCGGACCUCAAGACAUAAACCAGAUUGCAAGGGACCUCAACAUGGAGAAAAGCGUGGUGCGUGUUUGGUUUUGUAACCGGCGACAAAAAGGGAGACGACAGAUUAUAAAAUAUAAUUUGGAGACCACAGGGUUCCCCUACGCAGUCACGGGCUCAACCCACUCCUUCACUACCCGAAUCUUCACCAUCAUCUCCACCCCUGCCCCCCCCCCGUGCCCUGACUCCUUUCCUGUUGAGAUCUGUAAAGCGGGCAUUAAAUUAUUUGACCUCACAGUCAACGUCUGUGCCUCCCGAUUGCCCUCUAGUUAG